CUUCUGAUACUUAAGAUUCAGCAUAGAGCAAAUACUUACAAAAUGUAUUAGAACAGAAAAUUAAGUUAUUUAUUAUACACGGCAUCUUUAAACUGAUUUUCGGUUCGCUCAACAACAAUCUAGGAAAUCAAAAAGAUUACACCGGCACCAUCCACUAUGACUGGAUCCAUGGCUUUGGUUCUGCUGGUUCUCCUACCCCUCGUGAGGGGCCAGGUUCCCCAUUGGGGGCCCUGUCCUGAGCCUAUCACCCAGGCCGACUUCAGCAUCAAGCAGUUUGCUGGGAGAUGGUAUGAAAUCGCCAAACUGCCAGCCCAGUUUGAAAAGGGACGAUGCAUCGAGACCAACUUCACCGUAAAGGCGGAUAACUCCGUCCGAGUCGUCAGCUCAGAGAUAUUAAGGGGUGAAUUGAGAAAAAUCGAAGGCUUUGGAAUAACAGAGGAUCCGAAGAACCCUGCCAAACUGGGAAUAACCUUUUCCUACGUGCUGCCCUACACCCCGUACUGGAUCCUGUCCACCGACUACGUGAACACGGCCGUGGUGUACUCGUGCACCGACAUCCUGCGUCUGUUCCACGUGGAGUUCGCCUGGGUGCUGAGCCGCGUUCGCGCGCCGCCCGCCGGCACGCUGGAGAAGGCCGACGAGGUGUUUGCCAAGAACAGCAUCGACGUCACCCAGAUGAUCAACACCCGGCAGCAGGGAUGUUGAUGGAAAGGAGAUCCAACAUGUCCUCGUCGCUCUUGAUUACUAAUAGUAUUCUGUGUUUGUGUUCGGAAUUUGAGGCCACAGUUAAGGAUACAAUCUGGUGUUUAUGUAUUUUUGGGGGUUUGGCUUGAAUUGUGAAAUCUAUUCCACCCUGAAUUUGUAAUAUGUGAGACUAUGUUGCAUGCUUGCCUUUGAGUUUGCCUUUAAGUAUUUAAAAAUAAUGCAUAUUAUUUUCUGCACUUCUUGAGACUUUUUUUUUAUACAUUUGGGGUAAGCUGUAUUUUUUUUUAAAUUAAAAAAUAUUCUCUUGAUAUAGGAAGUUCAUCACUAGGUACCUGUACAGAACACUUAGAGAAGCAGUCCCCUUUAUAAAUAGUAGGCCUACCUGAAAGUGGGUGAAAAGUUACAAAUAAAGAACCACUUUACUUAAAAGUUUAAUGGGCUAUUCCUUGAUCAAUAAAUUGACCCUGACCCUAACCCUUACACUUUAUCAUUAAAUAUCAAAAUAUUUUUCGAUUUCAAUAUGUUGUAGGCUAAAGCGUGGCCCAGGGUACAGGAAACACAAGAUGGCGCUGUUGAGGAAUGAUGAGCGUUUCUAACGUUGGCUUUCUAGAGAUCGGGUGGUUAUUUUGCUGCAUGUUAUUAUAAUUGGCUGACUUCUAUCGUACACACUAUUCAUUUUGAAAAUUAGUGACCAUUUAAGCUGUGUAAUAGCCUCUUGUUUGAAUGUUGUUGAUGUCCCAAAUUACAGCCAUAGCGUGUCUCAUUAGAGUCAAUAAAAGCCUACACAAUCAUG